AUGGCAAUAACCAUAAGCUCCUUUCCAUAUGAAGAUACGAUUACUUGGUUGGCUCUUACUUACUUUAGUAUUCUUGAAACUUAUAACUUGAAUAUCACUUAUGUAUUGUUAUAUGCUGUAAUAGCAUUUACUACUUUUGGGGUUUUAACAUGGACUUUAUCAUCUCAUGGGGGUCCAGCAUGGAAAAAUGGCCGCAACCAUAUGGGCCAUAUUUCCAUUCCGAGCCCAUUAGGACUUCCCGUCUUUGGGAGCUUACCAAGUUUGGUUCAUGAACUACCUCAUCGAACUCUUGCAAAGAUGGCUCAUACUAGCCAAGCAGCCACACAACUCAUGGCUAUUAGCUUAGGGUCGACCCCAACCGUGGUGGCCUCAGACCCACAAACUGCUCGUGAAAUCUUGACUUCCCAGCACUUCAGUAACCGUCCGGUCAAGCAGUCGGCUAGGUUACUCAUGUUUAACCGAGCCAUUGGAUUUGCACCUAAUGGAGCCUAUUGGAGGCAUUUGAGAAAAAUUUCGUCGUCUCAUCUCUUUGCUCCUAGGCACAUUUUUGCACAUGAACAAGCACGCACGCUUGAAUGCACCAUUAUGUUAAAUGACAUUCGUAUCGAACAAUCCAUGAAUGGCUUCGUAGUACUAAGAAAGCACUUGCAAGCGGCUUCUCUAAACAAUAUAAUGGAAAUUGUUUUUGGAAAAACCUAUAACAAAGAAGCAGAUUCUCAUGAAUUAAAGGAACUUCAAGAAAUGGUUAGAGAAGGCUUUCAAUUAUUAGGGGCAUUCAACUGGUCCGAUCAUUUACCAUGGUUGGACUAUUUUUAUGACCCUUUUCGUAUCAAGGAACGAUGUAUGGCUCUUGUCCCUCGAGUCAAAAAGUUUGUCCAAGGGAUUAUCGACGAACAUAAGCUCAAAGGCAGUCAAAAUCUCCAUGACACAUCCGACUUUGUUGAUGUUUUACUCUCUUUAGAUGGAGAAGAGAAGCCUAGUGAGGAUGAUAUGGUGGCCAUCCUAUGGGAGAUGGUAUUUCGAGGCACCGAUACGAUUGCUCUAUUAACCGAAUGGGUCAUGUCUGAAUUGGUACUAAAUCAAGAUAUUCAAUCGAAGCUCCGUUUCGAACUUGACAAUGUUAUGGGCAACAAAAACCUUGAUGAUGCUAAAAUAACAAAACUUCCUUAUCUUCAAGCUGUUAUUAAAGAAACCCUUCGACUUCACCCACCCGGGCCUCUACUAUCAUGGGCGCGUCUAUCUACAUCCGAUGUCUAUCUCACAAACGGCAUGGUCAUCCCGGCCAACACUACUGCCAUGGUAAACAUGUGGGCAAUUACACAUAAUCCCGACAUAUGGGAAAACCCUUUUGUUUUUGAGCCAGAGAGGUUCUUACCGUCGGCCGGUGGUUUUAAUGUGGAUGUAAGGGGUAGUGACCUUCGGCUUGCUCCAUUUGGGGCAGGCCGUAGGGCUUGCCCUGGUAUGAACCUUGGCAUGGUUACAGUUAGCCAGUGGGUGGCUAAGUUGGUUCAUAAUUUUGAAUGGGUUCAAGACAUGGCUCAUCCUGUUGACCUAAGAGAGGUGCUCAAGCUUUCUUGUGAAAUGAAGGAACCGCUUUGCGCAAAAGUUAUUCCAAGGAAUGAAGCUUAA